AUGAUCCUUGUGGAAGCGGCGGUUGACUCUCCAGCUGAUCGACAACGGCUGAUUGGAGUGUGCUUCCAGUGGAAGGAGGUGCUAUACAAUACUCCGUCUCUCUGGACGACUCUAUCGCUCUGCACUUAUUAUCCGAAUGACGAGCAACUCCGGCAGCUGUUUGACAAUCUGUCGAGCAGACUCUCACGAUGCGGGUCACUCAUGCUCGAGGUGAAAUUGAACUUGGUCGGCUUGCAAGAGACACACAAAGCAUCACUUUUUGCGCUUUUGUCUGAAAAGGCGCCCUUUACGCGUUGGAGAUCGUUAGAGCUGUGGGAGCGCGAAGAUCGUCUUCUGACGCCCUCAAUGUUGGAGAAUAUGGGAGACUUUCGAAAUCUCGAGCGACUCGACGUGUACGCAAUCGUGAGGGGGCAGCUCUUGAGGAUAGUCAGCGAGUCUGCAACGUCCAAGCUGGGUGAACUUGCUAUUAGAUCCUGGAUCCACCCGGAUCAAUUUGAAGCUGACAUCAAUGGUCUCCUCAAAUAUAUCCGCCGGCUUGAACUUUCCGAACAAUACCCCUCAAUCAAGCUACCGGCCAACAUUGUCGAACUCACAAUGUCAAAAUUUCCACCGAUGUCUCUCCCUUAUAUCAAGAUGCUCACCUUCACCUCGCGUCAAUCGGUCACCGACCUGAGCGACGUUGCUUUCCCAAAUCUCACAUCCCUCACCGUUUCAUUUCUGCCUAUCCCUCAGAGAAUGAUGCCAUCGUCUACUACGCUCUCCAAUGUAGAAUCUCUGAUGGUAUACGGAUCAGAGUUUGGGGCACUUGCCUACCUGUCCUUGCCAAAGCUCCGUAGACUGGCGAUAAAGGACCCACCCUCGUUGGCUCCACACUCAUGGGAGAUUGAUUCUCUGAUGAAUGCAAUCAUCCAAGACGAGUUUUCGCUCUCGCCAUCAGAAGAGUUCGACUUGGGAUUCCCCGUCGAUUCAGGAACGCUCACCCUUGCGGCAAUAAAAAUGCCACACGCAAAGAAGGUGGUUAUAAACGUAGAAGAUGUCAAGAAAGAUUGGGUGGGAGUGGUUGAAUCAUUCAAUGACGCAAAUCUUGGCCUCCUGCGCGUUGAUGGCUCGGCUCUUUCAACAAAGUAUCUCUUGAUAAAGUCUAACGGCCAACUACACGAGCCGGAGACACUUCGAAUUGCAAAGAAAGUACUGAUGAAGCUUGGUAGUACGGGGAUCACUAUGCUGAAGAUCCUUCCCAAGGGCAGCCGUGGCUUGAUCGUUACUCGAAAUGACAUAGAUCGUUGA